CCAACUCUCGCUUCCCAUUUCUACUACUACACCUCGAUUUCUCAGUCAGCUCUCUCUACCUUUCCUCUCCUCCUUCCAUUUUCCGGGAAAAUCGUUUUUCUUUUUUUCCCGAGAAAAUUAUAAAACCACGUCUUUUCCAUUUUCUCACUAAUCAAACAUGUUUUCGGUUCGCUCAAUCCUCGCUCUCCAGCUAAGACGCUCAAUCCUCCUACUGCAUUCUUCUUCUUCUUCGUAUUCUACUUCUUCCGCUGCUGCGGUGCAAGCCGAGCGAGCAAUAAGCGAAGGUCCGAGAAACGAUUGGACACGAGACGAGAUCAAAUCCGUCUACGACUCUCCGGUUCUCGAUCUCCUUUUCCACGGAGCUCAAGUUCAUAGACAUGCACAUAACUUUAGGGAAGUGCAGCAAUGUACUCUGCUCUCAAUCAAGACGGGUGGGUGUAGUGAGGAUUGUUCGUAUUGUCCUCAAUCCUCUGCAUAUGACACAGGACUAAAGGCCCAAAAGCUUAUGACCAAGGAGGCUGUUCUGCAGGCUGCAACAAAAGGCAAAGGAGGCUGGUAGCACACGUUUUUGCAUGGGUGCUGCGUGGAGAGACACUGUAGGAAGAAAAACCAAUUUCAACCAGAUCUUUGAAUAUGUAAAAGAAAUAAGCACUUAGAAAAUAGAAGCUUUUUGU